AUGUACUUUGAUGACAUUUCUGCCCGGUUAAGACCUUUGGAAGACUUCAAAGUAGGCAACCCUGUAAAUGAACUUCAUUUAAUUGCAAGAGGGAUUGGAAAGUUUGUGUAUGACCUGAUUACCGUCACUCUCACAAAGGAAACCAAAUUUUAUUAUAUCUAUCCAGACAAUACCCUCAAUACCACUGAAUACCCUUUUCAUAUACCAAGAGCAGACCUUGUAACAAUUGGAAACUGUAUCACCAGCUCACGAAAAUAUAUAUUCACCUCAUUUCAAGGCAGUUUUGACAACGUAUUUGCCAAGAUCGAUGGUACUCACGCAGUGGACUGGCUUGACUUUCUCUUAUACCUUGUCCCCACUUUGGUCGUGCCUUAUUUACCAAAUAGGGCUGUCAAAACAGCUCUAUUAUCUCUUACGUUGACAUCAGAAUUGCUUGAUGAGAUGGAGUUAUACUUCAAGCACUGGCACUCGUUUUUAUACCAACAAGUCCAGAAUAAUACCCUGUCUCAUAGUGUUUUCCGACCAGUUCAACAUUACCUGGUCUAUAUACCCUAUAUCAUCAAGCAGCAAAGCCCUCUGCAAUGCUACUCCACUCACUCAAUGGAGAGAGUAAUUGGCAUCUUCUUGAAAUUGAUAAAGUCCAAAUCAAAGGGUAGCCAAAACACCAGUUUUCUCAUCAAGCAAUUUGCGAUUCACAAUUAUACCAGCUUAGCAAUCAGCAUCUGUGAUGAAGUCAACCUCAUUUGGUCAAAGCCAUAUGGAAGAGAGAGCUACAUGGACCUUCCUAAUGAUCCUAGUGGUGUGCAGUUGUGGGAGCCAUUUCAUCAGUUUGUUAAUUUGAAUGAUGAUUCGGUGGAAGGUGUAGGCGGCCCUAGUGUGAAGGAAGCUUUAUUGAAAUAUUACCAGAGAACAACAGACUUGACUGGCCAUGAGUUUGGUGACUCUGUUGUUGUUGUAGCUGCACGUCUGUGGAUGGAUUUGACUGUAUAUUUCUCAUGCAUGUACCAAAGAAAGAAAAACAAGACCAGCCAUGGCAACCAUUAUGUGAUGUUUACUUGCCUCUAUAGAAACAACCAUAAUAUAAUUGUUCACAGCUGGCUCGUCGGUACAGUACAGUUCUACUUUCAGCAUGUAGAUUUCUAUGGCUUCCCACACUUUCUUGCUUUUGUGGAGAUCAUGAAGGAACAUGACGCGGCUGGUCAUGACUCAUCAGUACCUAUCGUCAAACAACGGUCACAAAGCACCCAUACACUAGGCCACCAAACGCAACCGACUUAUGCAGUUAUAAGUGUAAAUGACAUUUGUCAUCAAGUUGGUCUGAUCCAAUACCCACCGAAUGGAAACCAGUUUUAUGUAAUCACGCCCUAUUAUAUCUUUAACAACAAUAUGCGCAUUACUAAAGGCAAUCUUUCCAUUCUGUAA